AUGGCAAAUAUUACUACAGUCGCCGAUGCGCUUCUCAAGAUAAACAAUCCUUAUGGAGGUUUUUUGCCCGACAUUGUUAUGUUUUCUCCAGAGUAUCUGGAUAGAAAUUCAAAAUUAAUCGGUCCAGUUUUUACUGUAAAAGCCGAUGCCGUUCCGGCAAAUAGUGUUGUCUUUGUGUCUGCGCCACCAACUAAAAUACGUGGAGCCAAAGGAGUUGUUGUGGAUGGUCGUGUUCGAGAUCUUGAAGAACUCCGAGAUGAUAAACUACCGGUCUUUGCAAAAGCUGUUUCGGUCUUAUCGGCCAAAGCAUUUACUCGUCCAACAUCUUUUAAUGAAUCGGUUAUUUUAAAUGGGAACUAUGAUCCACAAAUUAGAAUCAAUCCUGGUGACAUAAUAAUUGCAGAUUUGAAUGGAGUGGUGUGUAUCCCUCAACAAGACUUGGACCGCGUAUUAGAAUUAUGUGAAAAAUAUGUUGCAAUGGAUCAGAAAGUCAAGGAAGAAUUACUAAAGGGAACAACCAUAGAAAAAUCAUUUGCAUUGCAUCGUAAAUGA